AUGACUACUGAGAAGGCCACCUUUGCUGCAGGAUGCUUCUGGGGUGUCGAGAAGGCAUUCCAGAAACAAUACAAGGACGAGCACAUCAAGACCCGCGUCGGCUACAUCGGCGGCAUCGACAGCCAUCCCACAUACAAGAAGGUAGUCUGCACAGGAAUGACCCAGCAUGCAGAAGCCCUCCAGAUCGAAUACACACCGAGCGAAAAAAUCAGCUAUCCAGCACUUGUCGAAUUCUUCUACCGGAUGCAUGACCCCACCACCCUCAACUCCCAGGGCCCUGAUCGUGGGACCCAGUACCGUUCCGCCAUCUUCUUCCAUUCUCCCGAACAAGAGGAAAUCGCCAAGAGGGUUACGGCCGAAGUCCAGGAGAAGCAUUACAAGAACAAGAAGAUCGUCACCCAGAUCGCUCCUGCGGGGACAUGGUUCAGUGCAGAGGAUUAUCACCAAAAGUACCUAGAUAAGAAUCCGCACGGAUAUGAAUGUCCAUCGCAUUUUUUGAGAUGGUGA